UAUCUUAGAGAGCUCUUGGUAUCAAUCCCAAGAGCAUAAAGCAAUAAGGCCUUUUGUCCUCCCUCUCUUUCUCUCUUCUCUUUAUCUUUAUUUCCCUUCAAAGAAGAAAGAAGAAGAAGAAGAAGAAAGAAGAAGAAGAUAAUGGAAGAGAAGAAAGAUGCUGUUAAUGGUGACCACAAAAAGAGUGUGAAAACCUCCUCAUGUUCCUCAAUAUUCACAAUCUUCAUGCAUGCAGAUCUUGCAGACAAAUGGUUAAUGGCUUUUGGCUUCCUUGGUGCUCUUGUUGAUGGCCUCUCUACUCCUGUCAUGCUUCUCAUCACCAGCAAGAUCAUGAACAACUUGGGUGACACCCUUUCCUCUUUUUCUCUCUUCUCUCAUCACAUCAAUCAGAACUCUCUCAACCUUGUCUACUUGGCUUGUGCUUGCUUUGUGGCCUCUUUUCUAGAGGGGUAUUGUUGGACAAGAACAGCAGAGAGACAAGCAUCAAGAAUGAGACCAAAGUACUUAAAAGCAGUGCUAAGACAAGAUGUGGAGUACUUUGAUCUCAAGGUGGCAUCUACUAGUGAAGUUAUCACCAGUGUCUCUAGUGACAGUCUCAUCAUCCAAGAUGUUAUCAGUGAAAAGGUACCAAACUUCAUCAUGAACUCAUCCACUUUCAUUGGAAGCUACAUAAUAGGGUUCUUCCUAAUGUGGAGACUAGCACUAGUUGCACUUCCAACUGUAAUUCUUCUAAUCAUUCCUGGAAUCAUGUAUGGAAGGAUACUAAUGGGACUUGCAAGGAAGAUGAGGGAAGAGUAUGAUAAGGCUGGAAAGGUGGUUGAGCAAGCUAUUUCAUCUCUUCGGACUGUUUAUUCUUUCGUCGGUGAACAGAAAACAAUGACCGACUUCUCCACUGCACUCGAUAGCUCUGUCAAGCUCGGUCUCCGGCAAGCACUUACUAAAGGUUUAGCCAUUGGCAGCAAUGGUGUCACCUUUGCUAUUUGGGCAUUCCUUGUUUGGUAUGGUAGUAAGCUUGUCAUCUAUCAUAGUGCUGAAGGUGGUACUGUUUUUGCUGUUGGUGCUGCCAUUGUCGUCGGUGGCCUUGCGCUUGGAGCUGGAUUAUCAAAUGUGAAGUACUUUUCAGAGGGGAUUUGUGCUGGGGAAAGAAUAAUGGAGGUGAUGAAAAGAGUUCCAAAAAUUGACAUUGAUACAAAAGAUGGUGAAGUAUUAGUGAAUGUGCAUGGAGAGGUGGAGUUCAAAGGGGUCGGCUUCGCGUACCCUUCCCGGCCGGAGAACUUGAUACUGAAUGAGUUUAGCUUGAAGGUGCCGGCCGGGAUGACGGUGGCGCUUGUUGGUGGUAGUGGCUCUGGGAAGUCUACAGUGAUUGCAUUGUUGGAAAGGUUUUAUGAUCCAUUGCAUGGUGAGGUUCUUUUGGAUGGUGUGAACAUUAAGAAGUUGAAACUCAAGUGGUUGAGGUCUCAAAUGGGUUUAGUGAGUCAAGAACCAGCUCUGUUUGCAACUUCAAUAAAAGAAAACAUAUUGUUUGGCAAAGAGGAUGCAUCAAUGGAUGAAGUUGUGGUUGCUGCCAAGGCUUCCAAUGCUCAUAACUUCAUUUCUCAGUUGCCUCAGGGAUAUGAUACUCAGGUAGGAGAAAGAGGAGUGCAAAUGUCUGGAGGUCAGAAACAAAGAAUUGCGAUAGCUAGAGCAAUACUCAAGUCUCCGAAAAUCCUCCUUCUCGAUGAAGCCACAAGUGCACUAGAUUCUGAAUCCGAAAGAAUUGUCCAAGAAGCACUAGACAAAGCUUCACUUGGCCGAACUACUAUCGUCAUUGCUCAUCGUCUUUCCACCAUUCGCAAUGCAGAUGUUAUCGCAGUUGUUCAAGCCGGUCACAUUGUCGAGACCGGCUCUCACGACGAGCUCAUUCAAAGUUUCAAUGGUUUAUAUUCGUCGUUAAUCCGUCUCCAACAAUCCUCGAAAACAAAGGGAGAUGAGUUAGAUUUUGAUCCCUCCUCAUCCUCAUAUAUGACAAACAACCAAAGCGGCUCAAAUAGCAUGAGCCGGAGAUUCUCCAUAGCAAGCCGUUCGAGCUCGGCGAGGUCUAUGGGUAGUAACAAAGAUGAAGAAGACGAUAAUAAGGCGGAGAUGAAGUUCUCCGUCCCAUCUUUUCGACGACUAUUGCUUAUGAAUUCACCGGAAUGGAAACAAGCAACACUUGGUAGCAUUAGUGCAAUUUUAUUUGGUGGAAUUCAACCUCUCUAUGCUUAUGCAAUGGGAAGUAUGAUAUCAGUAUACUUUCUCAAGGAUCACACUGAGAUCAAGAACAAAACAAGGAUGUACUCAUUGAUGUUCUUCUCAUUGUCUUUGUUAUCCUUUUUGCUCAAUGUAGGGCAACACUAUAAUUUUGGUGCCAUGGGUGAAUACCUUACAAAGAGAGUUAGGCAAAGAAUGUUGUCGAAAAUGCUCACAUUUGAAGUUGGUUGGUUUGAUCGAGAUGAGAACUCCACCGGUGCAAUUUGCUCUCGGCUUGCUAAAGAUGCCAAUGUGGUAAGAUCACUGGUGGGAGAUAGAAUGGCACUCUUGAUUCAAACCUUCUCUGCAGUGAUCAUUGCAUGCACAAUGGGACUUGUCAUUGCAUGGAGGUUAGCACUAGUCAUGAUCGCCGUUCAACCCAUCAUCAUCAUUUGCUUCUAUGCUCGCCGAGUUCUUCUUAAAAGCAUGUCCGGUAAAUCCAUGAAGGCUCAAACUGAAAGCAGUAAACUCGCCGCCGAGGCGGUUAGUAACCUCCGCACGGUCACUGCUUUCUCUUCACAAGAUCGAAUUCUUCACCUCUUUGAGCUGGCUCAAGAAGGACCUCGCCGGGAGAGUGUUAAGCAAUCAUGGUAUGCUGGUAUUGGUCUUGGUUCUUCUCAGAGUCUUAUGACUUGCACUUGGGCUCUUGACUUUUGGUAUGGAGGGAAACUUGUCUCUCAUGGAUAUAUCACUGCUAAAGCAUUGCUCCAAACUUUCAUGAUUCUUGUUAGCACUGGUAGAGUUAUUGCAGAUGCUGGUAGUAUGACGAGUGAUCUUGCUAAAGGUGGUGAUGCUGUUGUUUCAGUGUUUGCGGUGUUGGAUAGAUACACACGUAUUGAGCCAGAGGACCCGGAUGGGCAGAUGCCGGAGAAGAUUAAUGGAAGUGUGGAUAUUCGAGGUGUUGAUUUUGCUUAUCCUGCCAGACCUGAUGUUAUUAUUUUCAAGAAUUUCUCACUGAGCAUUCAAGCCGGAAAGUCGACUGCGCUUGUUGGACAAAGCGGGUCAGGGAAGUCUACCAUAAUCGGACUUAUUGAGAGGUUCUAUGAUCCUUUGAAAGGAAUGAUAAAAAUAGAUGGACGGGAUAUAAAGACAUACCAUCUUCGAGCAUUGAGGCAACACAUUGCGCUUGUGGGACAAGAACCGACAUUGUUUGCCGGGACUAUUAAAGAGAAUAUUAAGUACGGGGCCGAGGAGGCGACGGAGGUGGAAGUGGAGGCGGCUGCAAGAGUUGCAAAUGCACAUGAUUUUAUAAGUUGUCUCAAGGAUGGAUAUGAGACAUCAUGUGGGGAUAGAGGUGUGCAAUUGUCUGGUGGACAAAAACAAAGGAUUGCGAUUGCUAGAGCUGUGUUGAAGAAUCCUGCUAUAUUGUUGCUUGAUGAGGCAACAAGUGCAUUAGAUAGUCAAUCGGAGAAAGUGGUACAAGAGGCACUCGAGAGAGUGAUGGUAGGGAGGACGAGUGUGGUGGUCGCACACAGGCUAAGCACAAUUCAAAAUUGUGAUCUUAUUGCUGUGCUUGAGAAAGGAAUGGUUGUAGAGAAGGGUAGUCAUGCUUCUCUUCUUGCCAAGGGUCCCUCUGGAUCUUAUUUUUCGCUUGUUAACCUCCAACAGGGACCGAAAAGAACACAAUGAAGAAGAUUGUGGUUUUUGUUGUUUGGUUAUCUUGCUAGUUUAUUUCAUAUGUUAAAAUUAUGUAUUGAGGUGGUUGAAUGUUACUUUUAAUAGCCAAGAGAUGGCAAGAACUUAAAAAACAUGAUGGUAUAUAUUAAUGGAGAAAGGUAUUUGUUACA